UAGAGGACUAGACUCUGUUAUAUCAAAACCAAUGCCUUACCCAGUACCGACCUCUGCCACCCAUAUCCAAAUCCAAUACAAAAUAAGAGUCGUUUGACCCUACCCAUUACUCCAUCAGUGAGAGACUACGGUGAUGUUUCAGUCCAAGUCUUCUGUUUCCGUCGUCUCCUUCUCUCUCCUCUCCAAUAUUUCCAUUUCUUGAACCCCUCUUUCUCUCUAUCUGUGUACAAUUUCUUUUCCAGUGAUUGUGCGUUUAGAAAAGAACUCUGAUCACCAAUCAAUCACUUUCCGAUGGCGUUGAGCACCCAAGUUAGAGCCUCCACUGGUUCUGCUUUCCCAUGGAAAUACGACGUGUUUUUGAGCUUCAGAGGCGAAGACACCCGAAAGGGCUUCACAGACCACUUAUACGACAAGUUGCAGUGGAGAGGAAUCAGGACUUUCCGGGACCACCCGGAACUUGAAAGAGGCACAGCCAUCUCUCCGGAGCUCCUCACUGCAAUCGAGCAGUCCAAGUUUGCCAUCGUUGUUCUUUCGCCAAACUACGCUUCUUCCACGUGGUGCUUGCUUGAACUCUCCAAGAUUUUUGAAUGCAUGGAAGAGAGGGGGGCAAUUCUUCCAAUCUUUUAUGAGGUGGAGCCGUCUCAUGUGAGACAUCAAAGGGGCAGCUUUGCUGAAGCGUUCUAUGAACAUGAAGAGAAGUUUGGGGAAGAUAGUAAGGAGGUGGAAGGGUGGAGAGAUGCUUUAACCAAAGUAGCCAAUCUCGCUGGGUGGACUUCAAAGGAUUAUAGGUACGAAACAGAGCUUAUGAAAGAGAUUGUGCAAGCACUGUGGAGCAAAGUGCAUCCUACUUUAAGCGUAUUUGAUUCCACAGAGAAGUUGGUUGGAAUGGAUGCUAAGUUUGAGGAAAUAGAUGUUCUUUUAGAUAAAGAAGCAAAUGAUGUUCGCUUUAUAGGGAUAUGGGGGAUGGGUGGGGUGGGUAAGACCACCCUUGCUAGAGUGGUGUAUGAGAAAAUUUCUCAUCAGUUUGAAGUUUGCAUCUUUCUUGCUAAUGUCAGAGAGGUUUCUGCAACACUCGGUCUAGUUCGCCUACAGAAACAAAUUCUUUCCCAAAUCUUGAAGGAAGAAAAUGUUCUAGUAUGGGAUGUUUAUGAUGGAAUGACUAGGACAAAGAGAUGUGUAUGUAAUAAAGCGGUUCUUCUAGUUCUUGACGAUGUGGAUCAAUCAGAGCAACUACAAAACUUGGUGGGAGAAAAAGACUGGUUUGGUAUAAGGAGUAGAAUCAUCAUUACAACCAGAAAUCGACAUGUACUAGUCACACAUGGUAUAGAAAAACCAUAUGAGGUGAGAGGAUUAAACAAAGAUGAAGCCCUUCAGCUUUUUAGUUGGAAAGCCUUUAGGAAAUAUGAGCCAGAAGAAGAUUAUGCAGAACACUCGAAGAGUUUCGUUAGCUAUGCUAAAGGUCUUCCCUUAGCUCUUAAAACUUUGGGGUGUUUCUUGUAUAAAAGAAGUCCAGAUGCAUGGAGUUCUGCAUUGAAAAAACUACGGAAUACUCCCAACAGAACAGUUUUUGAUUUGCUAAAAGUAAGUUAUGAUGGACUUGAUGAGAUGGAGAAGAAAAUUUUUCUGGACAUUACAUGUUUUUCUUCGGGAUGUGGAGCCGAGUUUUUUAUUGAACUACUAUACAGUUUUGACAUGUGCACUCGUAUUGCAAUAGAUGUUCUUGUUGAGAAAUCUCUCUUAACUAUUUCAUCACACAAUAAAAUAGGUAUACAUGAUUUGAUACAAGAAAUGGGAUGUGAAAUUGUACGACAAGAGUCGUAUGAAGAGCCUGGUGGACGCAGUCGGCUGGGGCUUCGCAAAGACAUUUUUCAUGUAUUCACAAAGAAUACGGCAACAGAAGCCAUUGAAGGCAUAUUCUUACACUUGCAUGAAUUAGAAGAGGCAGACUGGAAUCUUGAAGCCUUAUCCAAAAUGCGUAAACUGAAGCUGCUCUACAUUCAUAAUUUGAGGCUUUCUCUUGGCCCCAAAUAUCUUCCUAGUUCCUUGAGAUUUCUGAACUGGAGUUGGUAUCCUUCAAAAUCUCUACCACCAGGUUUUCAGCUGGAUGAACUUACAGAACUUAGAUUGGUUCAUAGCAACGUUGAUCACCUCUGGAAUGGAAUAAAAUACUUGGGUAAGUUGAAAUCUAUCGAUCUUAGUCACUCCAUAAACUUGACAAGGACCCCAGAUUUCACAGGUAUUCAAAACCUUGAGAGGUUGGUUCUUGAAGGUUGUACGAAUUUAGUUAAGAUUCAUCCAUCCAUUGCAUUGCUCAAGAGACUCAAAAUUUGGAAUUUUAGAUACUGCAAAAGUAUCAAGAAUCUACCAAGUGAAGUAAAAAUGGAAUUUCUUGAAACUUUUGAUGUAUCUGGCUGCUCGAAACUGAAAAUGAUUCCAGAAUUUGCGGGGAAAAUGAAAAGAUUUUCAAAGCUUUCUUUAAGUGGGACUGCUCUUGAGAAACUGCCUUCAUCAAUUGAGCGCUUCAGUGAGAGUUUGGAGGAGCUUGAUUUGAGUGGAAUUGUUAUAAGAGAGCCGCCGUACUCCAUUUUUCUUAAGCAGAAUCUCAGAGUAUCAUCUUUUGGCUUAUUUCCAAGAAAGAGUCCUCACCCUUUGAUUCCUUUGUUAGCUUCUUUGAAGCAUUUGUCUUCAUUGACGACAUUAAAUCUUAAUGACUGUAAUCUCAGUGAAGGAGAAAUUCCCAAUGAUAUUGGUUCUCUGUCCUCCUUAGAGAGAUUGGAACUCAGAGGAAACAAUUUUGUUAGCCUUCCAGCGAGCAUUCAUUUGCUUUCUAAGCUUCAUAAGAUUAACGUGGAGAAUUGCAAAAGGCUUCAACAAUUGCCAGACCUUCCAUUAAACAACUGUUUAUCAAUAAGAACCAACAAUUGUACUUCCUUACAAGUGUUACCAGUUCCAUCAGAUUUGUGCAAAUUAUGGAGAUUUUCACUCAGUAUCACCAAUUGCCCCGACAUUGAUGGCAAUCAAGGUUCUAGUCAUUUCUUAUAUUCAAUGCUAAAGCGUUGGCUUGAGGAAACCCCUAAUCGUUGUGCGUACGACAUUCAAAUUACUGGAAGUGAAAUUCCCGACUGGUUCAGUAAUCAAAAUGUGGGAAACUCCAUAACUGAAAUUGUUGAACGUAAUAGCAAGUGGAUUGGGAUUGUUGUAUGUUCUUUAAAUGCCCCUCUAUUCAAUCCGUCUGAAGAAUUUGCACCUUUUGACGGUUUCUCUUGUUGCUGGAACGAAGAUGGCCCUGGCAUUUACGACGGUUACGGUUACGUCAGUAGGCCAACCAACCAAAUUACGUCGGAUCACCUUUGGUUACUUUUUUUGUCUAGGCAUACAUGGGAUUAUCUGGGGGACAAUCGCAAUGAGGUUAAGUUUACUAUCAAAGCCUAUUCAGCUAUAGGAUACCACAGCUUCAUGGAGGUGGAGAGGAAGGUGAAGAAAUGUGGGGCCCGUGCACUGUACGAGCACGACAUGGAAGAGAUCAUCAGCAAAAUGAACCAAUCCAACGACAACAUUUCUAUUUACGAGGCUACCCGUUCUGAUUGCGCAUAUGAAAGUGGUGGCAUUGGUAACAGAACAAACGAGGCAGCAACGAGCAGAAGUGGUGGCUCCGAUGAAGAAUAUUACUCUGCAGAAGAAUGAAAGAACUAUAAAAGACAGGGCCUUUCUUUGUGCUUGAUAUAAUCAGCCAGUGCUAAUACUGCUAUCCUUUAGUGUUCAUGACAAGUGACCAUCUCACAUUAUGACUCCUAAUUGCUACUAGAUAAUAGUCAUUAUUAAUAUGUUUCCUCUGUCUCUUAUGUGCAUGAAACAUUUCAUCAUAUGCUAAAGUAAAGAUUAGAGUUUUUGUUUUGUUUUCUGGAUUUUUGAAAUCAAAGAAAGAGAUGAGAUACGGUUCUUUGUUCUUUUCUAUUAAUCGAUAAAUGAAUAGAUUCAACCAAAAGAUUUGCAAAGCUGUUGAAUAUACGAUGUAUUACAUAAUAGAAAGAGAGGCUAUGGUUUGGUGACAAAGGACAGUUUUCAAUUGAUUACUUUCAGAACCAGAUAAUUUCUGAAUUUCUAUUUGCUUAGUUGGAUUGAGAAAUUAUCUGUUGUUCACUACAUUAUAUAUAUUUUUCAUUGCAAAUGACUUGGAUGCAGAAUAUGCUUUAAACUAUGCAGUGCAUGUUUGUAAAUCUCAACUUAAAUUUGCCAGAAGCAAGCAUUGAGAGAUGCAUUCUACUUAUUUUUAAUCAAAUCGAAACAGGGGAAGAGAAUGGGGCUUUUGGAGAGAUGCAUGGCGAGAAAAAGGUCGGCCAAUAGCGGGCAAACUCUUGGAAAAGGUUGCUACUUAACUGUUGCUUGCCUUCCCGUGGAAGCUACACAUGAAGAUCUGCAAUUACCUUGGUUUGGAGUUGGGAUGGGUUUUCGGUUUCGACGUACCAAAGGAGGGAAGAAAAGUUGUCAUGGCAGCUUUGGACCGUAAUAUUUCCUAUUGAAGCUUCCCUGUAGACGCUAUGGUUGCUAGACUGAAGGAUUGUAGACAUGUUUAGUUGGGAGGUAUCUGGUUUUCUUAAUUGGUUUCUGACUUUCUGUUUUAGUAGCAAGUCCAGAAAUUGUAUAGGGAGGAGACAUUUUUUCUUGUUUUAUGUUAUUUACUUAACCAAUUGGUUCAUCAAAA